CUCCCUGAAACCCUACUUGAUUUUCACACACUAGACACAAAAUUUACCUCCCUCAGUUACUUUUCUAUCCCAAUUCAGUAAAAUUAAUAAAACGCAUCAUAUAUAUUUAGCCCUAAUUUGACACGCCUCUUAUGGCCGCCGAUUUAACCACUACAACUCCCUCAUCACCUACAAGCCCUAAUUUUCAUCGGAAAAUUUUGCCGUCUCCGUGGACUCAGGUUGUUCGCGGCCAACCCGACCCGGCUACCACCACUCUUUCGCCCGACAAAGGUACCGUUUCGAUGAACCCGCCGGCGGUGACCGAGGUCGUCGCCGCCGCCGCCGCGAAUGAUGAGAGUUCUGAUUGUAGUAGCGACAAUGUCGCGAAGAAGUCUGUCUGGAAAAGUGUAAACGGCGUCGUUGAGAGCGGGGCUGUCAUGGGAGGAGCUGCUUGGCCUACUAUCACCGAGUCAACUCGGGCUUGCCCUAAAGUUUCGCCAAAUUUUUCGAAACCUUCGUCUGAUUCCUCAAUCUCUGUGUCUCAGGAACAAGUAAUAUCUCCUGUGCCUCAGAAAGAAGCUACUGCUAAUGGACACCAUAGUUCUAAUCAUAGUCACAAACAGCCUCAUCAUCAACGAAGAAGAAAUAAUAAGAAAGGCCUGAAUGCAGGGGUUGGAUCAGGACAUGGAUCAGGGCAGAGCAGCUUCAGUCGCCCACCAGGCCCACCACCCCCUCCUCCUCCACCUCCAUUCCCGAUACCUUUUGGAAAUCUACCACCACCACCUGGGAUGGAGUUGCCUAUUAGAGAACCUUCUCCAUACCCUGGCAGUAACCUGGAUACUAGACCAAUUGUAGGUGGGGGUGUUGGGUAUCACUCACAUGAUCAUUCUUCACAACGACAUCCUUCUAGAAGGGGUAACUUUGGUUCCCGACCCCGUGGGGAUGGAGGAUAUAACAAUGGUUACGGAAUCAGGCGUGACCAAGACCGUGAAUGGAAUGCUUCUGGAAGAGACAUUCAUCAUAUUAGUCCGAUGGUUCCACCACCACCACCGCUCCCUCCCCGGGGUUUGACAAGACCACCAAUGCCAGGACCUAUGCCGUACAUCCCUUCUCGGCAUGUGAGACCAUUUGGGAAUCCUAUGCCUUUUGAUAUGGUCCCUCAAUUUUUAUAUGGUCCACCAAUGCCGCCGGAUUCUUACAGGGGUGUCCCACUCGUUCUCCCACCACCUCCACCUUUAUAUUUCCCUGUCAUUGAUCCAAAUUUGCGGAUUUUGUUACUUAAACAGAUUGAGUAUUAUUUCAGUGACGCUAAUUUGGUCAAAGAUGACUUCUUGAGGUCAAAUAUGGACGACCAGGGUUGGGUAUCUAUCACUUUAAUCGCAAGCUUUCGUCGAGUUUCAAAAUUGACAAUCGAUGUUCAAUUGAUUCUAGAUACUUUGGGAGCAUCAACUGUUGUGGAAGUGCAGGGAGACAAGAUUAGGAGACGUGAAAACUGGAGCAAAUGGAUUCCGUCAGUUGGGCAGACUACCUUAGACACUGGCCUGCAAUCUCAAAGUCAGUCAAGCGAUGUCAUGCUGGCAACUUCCAUUCAAGAGGUCCAUUUGGACGAGGUGACUUCUGAUAGUGUCAGUAAUAUGGACAAUACCGUAGAAUACUCUGAUGCAGAACUAGGUAGAGAUACAUCAUCUGAGGAACCAAGUACUGGAUCAGAAUUGGCCAAGGGGCUGAAAUCAGCUGAAGCAUCCAGUGAAGGAUGUACCUAAGCAACAAGCCAACAACCAUCUUUCUGGAUGGAAUUUUGAGAAUUAUAAUAAUUAUGUAGAGCUAUGUUGGGCUAAAAUUGAAAAAUGACUGGGAGUUCUCUACUUUGUUAUGAUUCUUUUGGAAAACCUAUACAUCUUAUGUACUUGCCUUGUUGGGUUUUCUAGAUAGAUUUUGGCUGAAGCUAAAAUGGGUUUUUUACCGUGAC